AAUGGAUAAAUAGUAAGAUAAUACUAUAGUACUAUGAAAUAUUAAUAUAAACUUAUCAUCACCUUUCACUGUCACUUUGUCUCAACUUCAACAACUAGUUUUUGUUCUUCUUCUAGGGCUUCUUCAUCUCUCUUCUUCUUCUCAGUUGCAGCAUCUUUGUUCUUGGGAUUCUUUGUUUUCAGUUUCUUGCUUCAGUUCUCCAAAUCAGGGAAAGAUGCAAAGGGUUGCUAAUACAUUCAUGAGCCGUGGAAAUGUAGUCAAAAAUGCAGUUUUGCAACAUGUCCGUGUUAAUGUUGCUGUUCCAUUAUUAAGGCCUGUUGUUUUUUCAAGAUUUGAAUCUGUGUCAUCGGCCCGAAUGGAAGAGCAAAGCUUUGAAAGCACUACUAUUGCUGACAUUUUGAAAGCAAAAGGCAAAAGUGCUGAUGGUUCUUGGCUUUGGUGUACUACUGAUGACUCUGUGUAUGACGCCGUCAAAUCGAUGACUCAGCACAAUGUUGGAGCUUUGGUGGUGGUGAAACCUGGAGAGCAGAAUACUAUUGCUGGAAUUAUCACAGAGAGAGAUUAUCUGAGGAAGAUCAUAGUACAAGGAAGAUCAUCCAAGUCAACUAAGGUUGGGGAUAUUAUGACCGAAGAGAAUAAGCUUAUCACGGUCACUCCUGAUACUAAAGUUCUGCGAGCUAUGCAACUGAUGACAGAUAACCGUAUCAGGCACAUUCCAGUCAUUCAUGACAAGGACAUGAUGGGUAUGGUUUCCAUUGGAGAUGUUGUCCGUGCUGUGGUGGCUGAGCACCGGGAGGAGUUGGACCGCUUGAAUGCUUACAUACAAGGAGGUUACUAGAUGAUGACGACAAACAUGAUGAAAUGCCGGUGAUGCCCCUUCGUUUCGAUGCACACCCUGUAAAUAUGGCGUUUCGUAUGCGCCUUUCGUUAUGUGGUUUUUACCUACUUGCCAUAUCAGAGUAUCUGAUAUUUAAUAACAUCAUGUGGACUAACGACUUAAGAAUAAGCAUUGUCAUGUGGUUCAUGUACAUGGCCAGUGCCUUCUUAUGGAUGGCUGCAAACUUAUGAUAUUCAAAAACAUUUAAUUUUGAAGAUCUAUCAUGGCCUCUUAAUGCCAA